AUGACCGAGGCCAUUCACUCGCAGUACGACUCGAUCCUCAUCCUCGACUUUGGCUCGCAGUACUCGCACCUCAUCACCCGACGAUGCCGUGAACUCAACGUCUACUGCGAGAUGCUCCCCUGCACUCAGAAGAUCAAGGAUCUCGACUGGACGCCCAAGGGUAUCAUCCUCUCCGGUUCGCCCUACUCGGUGUACGACGAGGUGGCCCCUCGAGUCGACCCUGACGUCUUCACUGCUGGCGUACCCGUUCUCGGAAUCUGUUAUGGUCUGCAGGAGAUCGCAUGGAACCACGGCGGUAAGGUCGACCCGCAUGACAAGCGCGAGUACGGCCAUGCGAUGGUCGAGGUGGUCAAGCAUGGUGUGCCUCACCUCGAUGCGCUCUUCAAGAACUGGGAGGGCAGCGUUCAGGUCUGGAUGUCGCACGGCGACCAGCUCUCCAAGGCUCCCGAAGACUUCGUCGUGAUCGGCAAGACCCCCACCGCCCCCUUCGCCGCCAUGGCUCACAAGAGCAAGCCCAUCUACGGCGUACAGUUCCACCCCGAAGUGACCCACUCUCUGCGCGGCGUCGAGCUGUUCGACAGCUUCGUCGACAUCUGCGCCUGCCGACGCGACUGGACCAUGUCGACGUUCAUCGACAAGGAGAUCAAGCGCAUCCGCGAGAUCGUCGGUCCCAAGGGUCAGGUGCUCGGCGCCAUCUCGGGCGGUGUCGACUCUUCGGUCGCUGCCAAGCUCAUGCACGAGGCCAUCGGUGAUCGUUUCCACGCCGUCAUGGUCGACAACGGUGUGCUGCGCACCAACGAAGCCGCGCAGGUGUACGACAUGCUCAGCAAGGAUCUCGGCGUCAACUUGACCGUGGUCGAUGCUUCCGAACAGUUCCUGUCCAAGUUGAAGGAUGUCGAGGAUCCGGAGCAGAAGCGAAAGAUCAUCGGCAACACCUUCAUCCACGUGUUCGAAGCCGAGGUCGCCAAGCUCGAGAAGGAGGCCGAGGAGGAGGAGGCGGCGGCGUUGGCUGCUGGGAAAUCGCAGGAGGCAAAGGGCAAGUUCGAGUAUCUGCUCCAGGGAACCUUGUACCCGGAUGUCAUCGAGAGCAUCUCGUUCAAGGGUCCCUCGGCCACCAUCAAGACGCACCACAACGUCGGCGGUCUGUUGGAGGAUAUGAAGCUCAAACUGAUCGAGCCGCUGCGCGAGCUGUUCAAGGACGAAGUUCGCGCGUUGGGUCGACUGCUCGGCAUCCCGGCGCACCUGGUCGGACGUCACCCCUUCCCGGGACCUGGUCUGGCGAUCCGAAUCUUGGGUCCCGUCACCCGCGAACAGGUCAAGAUCCUCCAGCACGCCGACAGCAUCUACAUCGAAGAGAUCCGAGCCGCCGGGUUGUACGAUCAGAUCUCGCAGGCGUUCGCCGUCCUGCUCCCCGUCCGAGCAGUCGGUGUCCAGGGCGACAAGAGGACCUACGACCAGGUGAUCGCGCUCCGAGCAGCUGCCACUACCGACUUUAUGACCGCCACCUGGUACCCCUUCCCCGCCGAGUUCUUGAGCAAGGUCAGCAACAGGAUCACCAACGAGGUGCAGGGCGUCAACAGAGUGGUGCUCGAUAUCUCGAGCAAGCCGCCGGCGACGAUCGAGUGGUUGUAA